CAAGCUGGGCCAGGGGGAGAGACAGAGUGCGCGGCAUCAAACGCUGAUACCUGUCCAUCAAACUGAAGAAUACCAGGCUUGUCUUGCUAUUCUGUGUGUAUAUAUAUACCAGGGCCUCUUGGCGCCAACCCUCGUGGUAUAGGUUGCAUUCCUCGUUACCUCGUUUCUCUCCAAACCCAACAACGAGUUCGAGGAGCCAGACUCACUUGGUAUCAGUCGUCAAUAUGUCGCACCACCAACCUGCCGCCGUCGAUGACGACAAGCACGACGCCAAGGACCCUGUGGUGAACAGCAAUGGUAGCUACGAGGGAUCUCGCGAUGAGGAGGUUGGAGUUUUCACAGAUGGGGAGCCCCUUCAACGGAACCUGAAGAACAGACACAUGCAGAUGAUCGCCAUCGGCGGUGCCAUUGGUGCUGGUCUUUUCGUCGGUUCUGGUGGUGCUCUUCGAAGUGGUGGCCCUGCCGCCUUGGUUAUCGGUUACAUGAUUGUCGGAUUCAUGUUGAUGCUUACUACCCAAGCCCUCGCUGAGAUGGCUGUCUUGUACCCCGUUAAAGGUGCCUUCUACACAUACGUCUGCCGAUUUGUCGAUCCUUCCUGGGGUUUUGCCAUGGGCUGGGACUACGCCAUCGCCUGGUUGACCGUCUUGCCCUUCGAACUCGUUGCCGCCAGCAUUACGAUCAAGUUCUGGCGCGAUGAUCUUAACAUGGGUAUCUGGGUUGCCGUCUUCCUUGUCGUCCUCGCCAUCAUCCAGGUCUUUGGCGUCCGCGGAUACGGAGAGGUCGAGUUUGUUCUCAGUCUCAUCAAGAUCGCCGCCUGCAUGGGCUUCAUCAUCCUCGGUAUUGUCAUCAACUGCGGUGGCGUCGGCGACAGGGGCUACCUCGGUGCCAAGUACUGGCACGACCCGGGUGCGUUCCAGAACGGCUUCAACGGUUUCGCCGGUGUCUUUGUCGUCGCCGCUUUCGCCUUUGGUGGUACUGAGCUCGUCGGUCUCGCUGCUGCUGAGUCCGACAACCCGCGCAAGGCCAUCCCCAUGGCUAGCAAGCAGGUCUUCUGGCGUAUUGCCUUCUUCUACAUUGUCAACCUCUUCAUCCUCGGUCUCAUCGUCCCGGCCAACGACCCCCGUCUCUUGGGUUCCUCCGGUGCCAACACCAAGGCCUCCCCCUUCGUCCUCGCCAUCCAGGAUGCCGGCAUCAAGGUCCUCCCCUCCAUCUUCAACGCCGUCAUCACCAUUGCCGUCAUCUCCGUCGCCAACAGUUGCACCUUCGGUUCCACCCGUACGAUGCAGGCCAUGGCCGAGCGCGGCAUGGCCCCCCGUUUCCUCGCCUACGUUGACAAGCAGGGCCGUCCCAUCUGGUGCGUCCUGAUCCAGAUCGCCUUCGGUCUCCUCGCCUUCGUCGGAGAGUCCGCCGACAGCAGCACCGUCUUCAGCUGGCUCCUCGCCCUCUCCGGUCUCUCCUACUUCUUCGUCUGGGGUUCCAUCUGCCUUGCCCACGUCCGCAUGCGCAUGGCCUGGAAGCUCCAAGGCUUCACCCUCGACCAGAUCCCCUACAAGAACCCCUGGGGCAUGUGGGGCAGCUGCGUCGGUCUGUUCCUUAACAUCAUCUGCCUCAUCGCCACCUUCUACAACGCUCUCUACCCCUCUCCCAACGCGCAGCCCGACGCCACGACCUUCUUCCAGGCCUACCUCGCCGCCCCCAUUGUCAUCUUCCUCUACCUCCUCUGGAAGCUCAUCUCCCGCGACUGGCGCCUGUAUGUGCCCCUCCGCGAGGUCGACCUCAAGUCGGGCGUCGUCCUAGCCGACCCCUCCGACGAGCCCGAGGAAGUCAAGACCUGGGCCAACCUCCCCAAGCGGGUGGCUCGUGCCUUGUUCUAGAUGGGCGAAGUAGCCACGAUUCUACAUCCGAGAAAGACGACGAGAUUCUCUUCUCCUCUCUUUGGCCUGUGGUAGACAAAGCAUGGCUGUGGAACAUUUGAAAAGGAGGCGAACCUCGCAUAUAGAUUGUACAAAACACUCGAAAAAGUACUUUGAUGAGGAUGGGGGAUGUCAUUAUACUAAAAGAUACCAAUGUUGAAUUUUU